AUGAAACAUCCUAGCCCGUCGCCGUCGUUGUCGACGUCAGCCUCAGCACAGCGGCGUGGAAUUACCGAUGGCGAUGUGUACGUUUUCGCGCUGCAGACAGCGUACCUUGCAUUUCUUUUGAGGCGCGAUCAACGCGCCAUACCACCAGCCGUACCGCCCAAAUGCAGACCCGAAUCUAUGUCUCUGCCGUCCAUGUCUUCUUCGCGUUCAUCGUCCGGGUCGUCGUCAUCACGAGCCGAUCGACCCAGUUUGGCCGAUCGCAUACGAGAAUUGCGGCUAAGUCCUGCCAUACCAGCGACAUCGAACUCGAACUCAGCAUCGUCCUCAACGACUAUGCGCUUUCCCGACAAGUUUCUGCGCAAGCUGACGGAGCGUAUGGAACGCAUCGCUAUGGGCCGUGACCCGUUUUUCCACCAACCGGCGUUUCGCCAGACGAUUGGCUCUUUCUACGGGGUCCUUGUUGAUGAAGCAACACAGAAGCGACUCAAAGAAAGCCGAAACCUCGAGAGUGUCCUGCUGAUGUUCAUCUCAUCUACUCAGACGUCGGUGAAGAAACGCAUUGUCAACGAGGCCGAUGCUCGACAGGAAAUCGAGAUCCAAUUUGACCUAUUUAUCCGUGUCGUCCAUGAAUGUUUACGAGCCAUGCCAAGUGCUUCUCGAGAGCUGCUGGAACAUCUUAGCGCAUACAAAGGGAACCGUCUGUGUCCCUCUGAUCUGUCGAGCGGCAGCUCAAUACCUACGAUACCCAGUCGCCGAUCAGUGGAUGCAGCAUCUUCGUCCUCGUCAUCGUUGCCGUCGGCGUUCACCUCUUCAACAAGCACAGUGCCAGCCGCCUCAAAAGCUUUGCUGUCAGACUCUGAUCCAGCCAAGUCUGAUCUCAUUGUCGCGACAGGCAAGCUCUUCGACGUGGAAGAAUGGCAGCUCCAAUUGGACGUGCAGUCAGUCAGCCAAACUUGCUCGCUACCUGACGGCAUUGUCGAUUUGAAACGGUGCAUCUACCAGAUUCAUGCACAGACGCCGUGGCCCGGAUGUCCGGACGACUUUCUUACGCCUGAUGCCUACCGCCAGUGGCGUUCACAGGAACUCACGCAGCUGUCUCAGCUUGUUGCUGAAUUGUGUCAAGCACGGCCAGAUCUGCUCACUGCCUCGAGCACGAGUGACAGCUCUUCGCGGCGCAAAGCGUCAAGCGACAUGGGUCGUCUAGAGUCGUUCCCGGCAUCGUCCUUCAGCAUGGCGGAGCUGACCAAAGAUGUCGGCGGCAGCGAUGAUCAGCCUGAUAUGUUUACAUAUAUCCCUCCUGACCCAUGUGCCGCGUACCUGCGUCUCUUGGAACGGUGCAUAGACCGAGAUCUCGAUGCCAUCCGACAUAAGGCUGCCGAUGAAGAUGUUUCGUUAACGAUCCUGUCGCCAAUUCACACGCAGCUGCUCAGCACAUGUGCCAGGCGCUGGCGUGUGUCACCAGCCUACGAAAAGCUGGCGCGUCUGCGCGUGUGUCGGACAAAGUUUGAUGCAGGCGAAAUUCCGUUUGAGUGUCUCGUUGAUGCCAUGGUGCAGCUGGAGCUGUACAUCGACAAGGAGCUGCCCGUGUCUAUGUGGCGUAGUGCUGAUCGCAUCGCCCUGGCUAAGUGGAUGCAGUGGCUCAGCGACUCGCUCCUCCGUGUUGUGUACUCGCAUAUGUCAAAGCUCGACACAUCCAUGACGGACGAGUGUGCAUCGUCGAUCCGCAUGAUUCAGCGUGCCCAGUCGCUGUCGCCUGGCGAGAUCUCUGUGAACACGGCACCACUGGAGGAGGCCAUGCGCAAAGCGGCGAUGCAUGCGUAUGCGGCGGAAGCACAGUCUGUGUUCCGGGCGCACUCUGACCUGCUGCGUGGAUUCUUGGAGCUGCACACAUGGGUUGAGCGUCAAAUCAAAGCGCAGAGUCUUCGGUUCUCUACGCCCCGGAUCCUUGGCUUCGUACCCGCUGAUCAGGUUGCCAUCGGUCUCGUGCCCAUGUACCUGGGCGACCUGGCGUCUGUGCACGAAGCCAUCGUCCUCCAAGUGAGGCAGUCCCAGGACAUCGCGCGUGUGAAUGACGCAUUGGAUCUCUUCCAGCAGAUUCGUGCGUUGAUGCGUCACUGUGAGUCAGAUGUGCGUAGUGCGCCGAGCACGUCUGGCACGGCCGGUGGCAUGCAUCUGGACUUUGACGUGUGUGCGUUUUUCCGCGCAUUCGUCGAGAUGUGGAUCUCUUUCAGCGAGAAACGUGCGAGUCAAUGGGUGCAUGGAGCCAUUCAGAACGAUUCGUUCGAGCCUGUUGAUGCUGCCAAUGCCAUGCACAGCUCGUCGGUGCAGGACAUGCUCGAGGCUUUGCAGCAGCCGAUCGUCUACGUACAGUCCCUGGACUGGCCCAACGAGUUUCAGCAAGCCGAGUUCCUCACGUCUUUGUCCCGCGCCUUUGCUCGGCUUGUGGAGCAGUACUGCCACGAGGUGGCAGACCGGUAUAUGGCCGAUAUGUCGCAGCAGCAGCGGGAGUUGCAGGCACCGGCGCCGGCGUCCCAUGGGCCACCAUCAUCGCCGACGACGCAGUCAGGUGCAGCCCAGUCAAGUCCUGAUCGUUCCGGUAAGGAUGAGGGACCACCGUCGCGUGCCAUGGGCCUCACUCUUCCGCCGAAGCAGGCUGCUUGGGUCGCUCGUGCGAAGCAGACGCUCCAGAGCGACUUUCGUGAGCGUUGGGGCCGUGGCGAGUCACAUCACGUGCCACCGCCGCCGUUUGUGCUGCAGCCUCACUCGUGUGUGAUGCUGAAUAAUAUGGAGGCUGCACGCCAACUUCUCGAUACGCUGUACCAACGAAUCGACGCCGAUAAGCAGGCAGACAUUGUGCAGCGGCAUGCGCGCGAUGCGGGGUCAGCGCGGCUGCCACCGUCGCAGGCGCCGGUAGCAGCCACGACCGAUCCGGACGAAAGUGGCGCUAGCACGUCCAGUAACCAUGUGCCGUCGCCGUACCUGUUUUCUGUCAAGGUCGUCCAGGCCGAGCUGCCACCCAGUGCGCGUGCGUCGUCGCGCCUCGACACAUUCGUGACACUUAGUGACGACCGUGGGGAACGCCUCGCCAAGACACGCACGAUCUUCGAUUCGUGCUCGCCACGCUGGGACGAAGUCGUAGAUCUGCCAUUGGCCUCAGCCCAGUGGAUCUCUGCAACGAUGUGGCAUCGCCUUCCCCAAGGCGACCCGCUCCUGUUUGGACGCGCAACUGUGCGUUUGGAUCCACAGCUCUUUGCUGAUGUCAACACGCACGACGUAUGGCUCGAUCUCGAUCGCACAGGCGGCAAGCUUCUGCUCCGUGUGAGUAUGGAGGACUCGCAGGAUGGCAUCCUCUUCAUCUUUGGCCGCGCGUUCCGCAUCGUCAAGCGCACAGAGGCAGAGAUGACCCGCGCUCUCGUGGACCACAUCUCACUGUACAUGCGACGCAUUCUCUCGCGCCCCGUCUUGGCCUCUCUCGUGCGUGGUGGCCGCAUGGACCGAGCUCUUGGCAACGUGCGUGCCCUGUAUGCGUCGGCGCUUGCACAGGCGAAUGGCGCAGCCCCAGGCCUUCCUCUCCUGCCGCAGCUUCACUUGCCAGCCUCGGCGCCACAGCGCCGGCCGCCGCCGCUGACGGACCAGGAGAUCGAGGCUGCGAUUGUGCCCCUGCUGGACUACUUUGAAGAAACGCUCGGCACGCUGCACAGUAGUCUCACACCGACGCAGGCUCAGCUUGUCCUCACACGUGUGUGGAAAGAAGUGCUCGCCACGCUCGAGUCGCUCCUUGUGCCACCCCUGUCAGAUGCGCCGUCGGACAUGAAGCAGCUGUCCGACAAGGAGGUCGACAUUGUGUUCAAGUGGCUUUCGUUCUUGCGCAGCUACUUUAAUGCGUACGAUCCCGAGACGGGCGUCGCCCACGGCCUGCCAUUGUCGAUUCUCCAAGGGUCCAAGUACCGGGAGCUCCUGUCGUACUUGCUCCUGCACGACCAAAGUACGGAUGCACUGAUGAUCGAGUGUGUGCGUGGCUUUCAGGCUCGUCUUGCCGCGAGUCACUCGCGCUCCAAGUCCGUGCUGCAGCAGCGCUCCCUUGGCACCAUUCGGCAGCACAAGCGUGCGAAGCAGGGUGCAGGCGACGACACCUCACUCAUGUCUGACAUGGCGAUGAAGAUCCUUCGUAUGCGGCCUGGCACAAGCGACUUUUUGGCUCAGCAGCUCAUUUCUUUGCACUCGCUGCAAUCCCCCGCGUGUGUUAAGCCGGCCUCUCUUCGGCGUACGCAAAAGCGUCUUGCUUAG